AAAUUGUCAAAUUUCUUGGUUAUCCUGUCAGAUAAAAAUUAAAUAAUUUCUUUGAUAAUUAGAAGAUUAUAGUAAAAUUGAUAAUGUCAAAAAUUCUUAAUAUAUCAACACCUCCUAUAAUUGAAACUGAAUCUCUAGGCAUGUCGCCGGGUGCGCUCGCUAAGCGGGUUUUCGUUAAACGUUUGUACCAAUGGUGUCCGACACAAAACAUAGAAUUUGAUCCGUGGUGCGAUGAAGAGUAUCCGAAAACGAUUACAUGUGAUAAUAUUCUUGAUGCUAAGUCUAGUAUUAAACGAGAAUUUUCAAAGUCACCAUUAGUGACCUCAAAAAAUAAUAAUCGCUUCCCCCUAGAGGUGUACUACAAAUUAGAGACUUUUCAUCCAACAGGGAGUUUCAAAGAACGCGGUGCCUACUAUGUUUUAAAUAAACUGAGUCCAGAACAAAAAAAGCUUGGUGUGAUUUCAGCAUCUCUUGGAAACUGGGCGAUGGCUCUAGCAUACUGGGGAAAAAACUUAGAAAUUCCCGUGACCGUGGUGUUGCCAGUUACCGCGUCGUUGCGUACCCAACAGUUCUGCAUGGAUUAUAACGCUGAAGUGGUUGUUCACGGAAAAGAUUUGACUGAAGCGAAGAGAAAAGCUUUCGCUAUUUUAGUGAAUUCCAAAUUUAGUUAUAUUAAUGGAUACGACCAUCCACACGUAAUAUCUGCGGCGGGAACGAUUGGUGUUGAAAUACUGGAACAGAUGCCCGAUGUGUACGCCGUUCUAGUUCCCGUGGGAGGAGGCAGCUUGAUCGCCGGCAUCGCCGCGGCUAUCAAACGAAUCAGACCUGGAGUUCUUGUCUAUGGUAUACAAUCAAACAAAUGUCCCAGUUUCAAGAGAGCGUUAGAAAAAGGUGCGCCUUACCAAACGGCGCUGGAACUCGGGAUUGCAACAUCAUUGCAAGUACCAACAGUUGGGUGUAACGCUUUUCAAACAGCAAGAAAUCUUGUCGACGAUGUGGUGUUAAUUAGCGAUGAUUGGAUAUCAAAAGCAAUAUUUCAUCUCAUUGAUCGAGAAAAAAUUGUUGUAGAAGGCGCAGCCGCGAUAACGCUUGCAGCGAUUAUGCAUCUACCAAAAGCGUUAAGGGAACUAAGAGAGAAAAAAGUUGUUUGCGUUAUAAGCGGUGGUAAUUUGGAACCAAUGCUCUUUAAAUGCAUUGAAAGGGCUAAGGCUUCAGACGGUCGCUUAGUUACUAUAAAAGCAACAUUUCCCAAAGAAGAUUUAGAUACCCUUAAGAAAAUAUUUAAUUUUAUAACACAUCUGGGAUGUAACAUAAUCCGCCAUGAUUUUGACCAGUCGUGGCUCUCCGACAGUUAUCCUAACGAGUUAAAUGUAACAAUAUUAUGCGAAACGCGUGAUAAAGAACACACAAAAUCGGUGAAAAGAUUGUUAAAUAAAUUCUUUUCGGAUAUCUGCGAAGUUCAACAAGAGCGCUUUUGUACUUCAGAUAUGUGUAAAUGCUUCUCUUGUAGAAUUGAAUAAGUAAAGAGAUAUGUACUUGAGUAGUACU